AUGAGAAAAUCUGCAAGAAUACUUUCAAUAUACGUCCUAAUUUACACUGUUCAAGCCGAAAAGUUCUGCAAUAUUCACUCUGAUUAUAUCACGGGACAAUGUUAUAAGAAGGAAAUCCUUGCGAGCAUACCUCACAGCCCGAAUCAAUUAGCUGUCGACAGAACCAGCAACGUUCUAUACUUCAGUUUCGACUCAGGAAUGGGAGAAUACGUACCAGGAAAACUUAAAAUUGGUAAUAAUACUUUGUUUGUUCUUAAAGGGAUCAGAGACGCAUUUGCAAUUGCAAGUGACUUUGCUACCGGAGAUCUGUACUUUGGCGGUAGUCAUGGAAUAUACAAAUACAAUCCAGGAUUAAGAUCUUUGAAGCGACUUGCAGUACAGAAUUUAGACAUAUGGUGGUUGGUGAUACGGAGGAAGAUAUACUUUAUUAAAUUUCCAAGUUUAUCCGCUUUUAAAUACGAGAAUAGAAGCAUAAGGUAUGUUGAACAAUUGAGAAAUCAUACGGUUCAUCAAUUUGUUUUCGAUAACGAAGAUAAUAUAUAUUUUAUUAACAACACUGGGUUGUUUGGAAUUAACAGCGGAUCCAUGGAAGCUCAUUUGUUGAAAGAUCAUCCGAAGUUCAUCGGUAUGGCUAGAGACAACUAUGGGUAUGUCUACUUGUGUUCAGAAGAUGGUAUCUUCGUCAUACGCAAGAUGCACAAGAUAAAAAGAGUCAUAGGCAUUCAAGGAGUGUUAGGACUGACCUUUGAUCGGAACAACAAUAUUAUUUAUUCUGAUUCAUCCGAAAUUGUUCGCUUAGUCGCUAAAGAGAAGAUUAAAAUUGCUUACAAUUAUGAUGAAAUAUAG